AUGAGACAAAGGUGUUGGCUAGAGUUAAUUAAGGACUAUGAUUGUAAGAUUGAGUACCAUCCUGGCCGAGCUAAUGUUGUGGCGGAUGCUUUGAGUAGGAAGUCUUGUGGAAGCCUAGCUAACCUUAGAAUGGCCUACCUUUCAUUACUGGUGGAAUUGCAGAAAGAUGGGGUAGAACUAGGAAUCAAUCAACAGGGUGGACUACUCGCUAGUUUGCAUGUGAGGCCUAUUUCGGUUGAGUGGGUGAUUGCAGCCCAAUUAGAAGAUCCUACACUUUGUAUAAUAAGGCAGGAAGUAGAGAAUGGUAUGCUGACAGAUUAUGCUAUGAGAGAAGACGAAGCCUUAGUAACUAGAACGCGUCUCUGUGUACAAAAGAACGAAGACUUAAAAAGAGAAAUCAUGGAGGAGGCUCACUGUUCUGCCUAUUCUAUGCACGCAGGUAUUACCAAGAUGUAUCGGACACUACAUGAGUACUACCCGUGGCCGCAUAUGAAGGGUGACAUAGCUAGGUUUAUGAGCAGGUGCUUGAUUUCCCAACAGGAUUAG